AUGACCUCCGGGAGGUCCUCACGGCUGAGCGGCACCCAGGCUCACAGGCAGGAUGAUGGCACCGGGCAGAUGAGGGCACAGGAGGAGCCUGGAGACGUCCCAUCUGUGGCUCACGUGCAUGCACGGGGCGUUUACCAUCAUGCCACCCUCAUCACCAGCUCAAAGACUUGCUCCCGCCUUGGGAAGGACCUGCUGGUGGAUGCUAGGAUUGCAGCUGCACUCUGCCUGCGGCUGGUCCACCCACAUGCCGCGGGGCUGGGCGGUGUGCUGUCCGCCCUGCUGCACAAUGUCUUGUCGAGCUGCACCAUGGCACUGAAUGCCGUCCUGCCUUGGUUCUCCCGGCACUACGGGCUCCCCGUGGCCCUGCCAGGCCUGCACCUGCUGCACCGGCACUUCGGCCGCCUGGCCCGGCCAUGCCUGCUGAAGGGGCCGGCGGCUCUGGCGCAGCGAGGUGUCCGCAUGGACCGGGAGCUGGCUGCGGCCCUGCAGGAGAGCGUGGGGGCGGUGAAGGCCUCAGGCCUCUGCAGCUUCUUCUGCGACGGGGCUGGGGAGCUGAAGGGCCAGGGCGCGCUGGUCACCCAGCCCCAGCUGGUGGCCCUGCUCCGGACGGUGGCAUCGGGGGACAAGGCCCUGCCCCAGGCCCUGGCCCCAGACCUGCCCCCUGCCGAGCGGAAGCCCUUCCCGCAGGCCAUGGGGGACUUGGGGCUGGAGCUGCAGAGCCCGGCCAUGCAGCUGGGCGACACCUGGCUGCAUGGAGCCCUGGCCCCCGCCGCCGGCAGCCUGCUGACCAGAGUCCUCCAGGAGGUGCGGGCAGCCGAGCCCAGGGCUGUGCCUGAGCCCUGCCUGAGGGCCCUGACAGCGGCCUCAUGUAGCUACUCCCGGGGACUUGUGGGGGCUGUGGCUGGGGGCCCCUCAGCCCGGCUCCCUCGCCCUGGCAGGGCUCCCUUGCCCGUCGGCAGCCACCUGGCAGUGGCAGACAGCCAGGGGAACGUGCUGCUGCUCUCAGCCUCUCUCAACAGCUGGCUCAGAUUCCUGGCGCCCGCUUCGGGCAUCGUGCUGAGUGACCUGACAGCGCCCGCGGGGCUUGGCCUGCUCUCCUGGGCCUGCCCCAUGGUGCUGAGCCUGGGGGAAGAGGGGACAGUGGUGGGGCUGGGGGCCCCAGGGGGCAGUGCGGCCCCCCUGGCCCAGGCCCAGGACAUUAUAAACCAGGGGUACCUGGGGCAGCCCCUGCAGGAGGCGCUGGAGGGCCCACGGCUGCAGCUCAGGGGCAGGGGGGAUGGGGCCUCCCAGGGCUGUGGGCUGGGCACCCCGUCAAAUGUGUCCAGUGGUGGGUGGGGGCCGCAGGCGGGCCCUUGGGUACUGCAUGUGGCAUCACAGAGUGAGCACGCACGUGCCUUCGCCGCCCCGGCCAUGUGCUGCCAUCACGAGGGGUAUUAG